CAGGACGCAUCGGCAAAGUGGGGUUUCUUCCAGGUCGUGAACCACGGUGUCCCGACAAGCACCCAGAACAGGAUCAGAGCCGGGACGCACCAGUUCUUCAACCAGGACGCGGAAGCAAAGAAGGAGUACUUCCGCGCCGAGCCGAUGUCAAAGGUCGUGUACACGUCUAACUACGGCCUAUACACAGCUCCAGUUGCCUAUUGGAGCGAUGUGAUACUGUUCAACAUGGCGCCAGAGCCACUAGAGCCGGAGCAAAUCCCGGCUUGCAUAAGGGAAAACGUGCAGGACUUCUCUGAGGAAAUAUCCAAGGUCGGGGGCUUGAUGCUGGAGCUACUGUCGGAGGCGUUGGGUCUUGCUGUGAAUCACUUGAAGGAGGAGAUGGGUUGCGCGGAAGGAAUGGGAUUAGCCUGCAACUACUAUCCUCAUUGUCCUCAGCCGAAGCUCGCUCUGGGAAUCACCCACCACACUGAUAUUGGGUUCAUCACGAUUCUUUCCCAAGACCACGUCGGAGGUUUGCAAGUUGUUCAUCGAGGUCACUGGGUCAAUGUGCCUCCGGUUCUGGAGGCUUUAGUGGUCAACAUCGGAGAUAUGCUUCAGCUGAUAUCGAACGAUAAGUUUAAAAGUGUGGAGCAUAGAGUGAUCGUAAACAAUCUUGAACCAAGAGUAUCAACAAUUUGUUCUUUUGGUAAUGGGUUUACAUUGAAAUCAAGAAUGUAUGGACCUAUAAAAGAGCUGUUAUCGGAAGAAAAUCCUCCCAUAUACCGAGAAAUUUUCAUUGAAGAAUUCUUUUUCAAAUCCUACAAAAAGGGCUUUGAUGGUAACUCUUAUCUGCCCCAACUUAAGCUCUGA